CACAAGUGAAGGCGGAUAAUAUUUUCCUCAAAAUUCACAACCAACGCGAACAGCUUGUCGUACUGUUUUGAAUAUUCCGAGGAAAAUGACCCUUAGUACAUGUGAAGUGGAUCUGUCGUGCCAAAUCGACUUUGUGGAAGCAGCUCUGAAUGAACUCCAGUUUCUAAGGGUUGUGGAUCAAUAUCCAACCCUAUUUCAAGGUGCACUUUUCAAAAACGCUUUGAGAAGAUAUGAGAUGUUAUGGCUACCCUUGUUUAAGAGCAACAAUCUUGAUGGAAGAGAACUCCAGGCUCCACUAGACGUGGAAUGGGUGUGGCAAACUCACAUUUUGGAUGGGGGUUUUUAUGAAGAAGACUGCAGGAACAUUGUGUUCAGGGAAGUCGAUCAUCGAAUAAACGUCGAAUUGGAAAAGGAAGAAGCCCUAUUUAGAGCACGAACCCUUUGGGAGAAAGCCUACCCCACGGAACCUUUCGAGGUGGAUCUAGAACAUCUCCCCAGCUAUGUCCCAAAGUACAUUUGCAACCUCCGAUGCGAUUUACAAGAAGCUUCUUGUCGUCUACGAAACCUUUACCACAAUACCUCUCUUCCUCAUUACAGAGACUCAUUCUUUCUCAUGUCGUCCUUGCGACGCUACAAGCAGCAUUUAAUCCUAACGAAGGAGAAUCCGGACAUCGUUCUGGUGCCAUGUUGUGAUGUCGAUCUCAUCUGGAAAACACACCUUCUCCACCCCUCAAGUUAUAAAGCAGACACAAGAAAAUUUCUUGGAUACGUCCUUAAACAUCCCGAAGCAAAAAUUGGCGCUUUGGAAAUUUCUAAACACCUGUCACUUGAAAGUGACACUGAAGCAACAUGGAAUAAAUACGAAAUGGCUUUCAAAAGACCCGGAGCCAUCUUUCGCGGUGAAUGUCCCCCGCCUCUACCAUUUCAACCCAAGGCAAUUCAUCGUAAUUUGGCAAUGUUUGAGUUUGAGAUGGAACUCUCAAAGUUUGAGAUAGAAAACUUUGAAAAUGACAAAAAAUUUUCUUUCACGCUUCAGCUAGAUGACGAAACAGUUAUUUGGAAAAAGAAAUUGAAAGGAGGCAGUCAUAUCCUUGAGGGAGAUCACCAACCACUUGCUCAAUUUGUUGUUAAUACAGAUGACAAAACCAGCCUCACUCUUUCCUUCUAUCAAAAGAAGUUGUUUUCAAAGACUCCAAAGAUGUGCCAUACUGUGGAUCUAGCUGAGUGUUUACAAACUGCCAUCAGAAUGGAGUCAGAAACGAACAUUUUCCGUAUACCUAUUCCACUAUUUGGGCCUGCUGAUAGAAAAGCAUACAUUACCAUCAAGACAUGUGGCUUACCCAAACCGCUGAGUUACAGAUUUACUCUUAGUCCAGAACCAGAGUCUGCGAAAUUCUUGCAUCCAGCAGAUGUUGUUUCAACUCCCAAGACGGUACUUGGGAGAGAAAUACUCACGAAACAGAGGAUGCCAUGCGAACUACUAGUUUACCGAGUGUACAGCCAUAGCGGAAAGGAUGCAUUCACAUGCCGUGUUUUGAACGCUGAGCCAGCUGGGGUCAUGGUAUUAGAGAUCGUUGAUGAUGAUGAUGGAAAUACUGUCGCGUCAGCUCAACUGAUCAAUGACAAUAUAUUUCCUAGCCCUUUGGAACCUUUGGAAGACCCCUCCAAAUGUAUCACGAAUAGCAUGUCGGACGGUGAGACAGUUCUUUUGAUUAGAGGGCGAGUGGACUGGGCAGUCUGCAUGGGAGUGAGGCAAUCCGAUGAACAGUCCCUGGAUGAAGAGCGCAACGUUGUCCAGGUAAAAUUUUUCAGGCUUGGAGAUGGGCAAGGCUGGUGUGAAGUGCGAAAAACGGGGCAUUUGCUUUUAAUCCAAGUUAAUAAAAAAGAAGAAAUUUUCAUGGCUGUGAAUCCAGAUGAGGGACAAAUACUUUUGCCAAUCAACUUGGAGGAUGUUCCAGAAUGUGUUGCUACUGCUGUUGGUGUGAUGUUGUUACCCUCACUGUGUUACACUGCUAAACCACAGCAUAACCAGCCCGGCGGUGCAGAUAUUUCCAGCGUGGUUCUACGCUGUCCAAGUCUUUCCCGUUUCAGUUCGUCUCGCCCCACAACUACCUUAACCUGAACAUUAGUUAAAACACUCACCGAGGAAUACCACUUAAGUCACAGAAUAAUCAAGGAAACUUACUCAGAGGACUUCUCCAAGAAAAAUUGAUUUCCUCUAAAUUUUCUCCUGGGAAUCGUAAUUAGGUCAGCAGUUAUCUUUUUAGUUCUUUGCAACGAGAAAGGCAGCGUAAAAAACUUCUUUUACUCUACUUUGCAGUUUUUAUUUACUUUUUCUUCAGAAUUCUAACAAUUCUGGUUAUUCUUCUCGGACUGCAAACCCUUAUGGAGACUAUGAUUACCAAGUAAAAAAAUUAAGUUCAGAUAAAAGCGAUUUUUUUGGGCUCAUAGUCAAUAUGAAUAAGAGUUAAUUUGUCCAGAACGUACAAACAUUGUUUAAUGAGUCAGUCAAAACAAAUUACUGGCUGAAAUUUAGCCAAUUUUUUUUUCAAAUUGUUUAUUUCUAAAGGAACAUACCAGAUGUUUUACACAAGACCGGCUUGUUAAUAUUCAUUAAUAUUCAAUAAUAUUCAUUAAUUUUAAUGACGGUUACAGUGCAGGUUAUCAAGUCAUAGUAACUUUUAAUUCCAGAUAGAUAAUAGUUCCUUCAUUAACUAGCACAUUGGCAAUUUAUUUUAAGAGGGGGACACUUGGUAAUGAAACCAGCCUCCCAGAAGCCCAUUACAGGUUCACACUUUGGUUGAAAGUGCUUAGGGAUCACGUGGUUACACGCCGGAUGCAAUGAAUAACAUUUGACCUCCGUUACCAUUUUGUUUCUGCAUUUAUCAAGCUUAUUCACCCAUUUUGAAACGCAACCAUGAGCAUUUCUAGCCGUACGAUUAUUUGCAAUUCUAUAGUCUACCAAUUCGUUGAUCUCAUCGCCCCAGACAUGAUCAUCGAUGGUGCGCUCCUCAGGUUCAACGAGAACACUUUGCUGCAAUAACAUUCGGUGUUUGAAUUGCUGUUCGUUUGUUUGGUUAAUAAAGACAGGUUUGGGAGAAGCCAAGGUGAAAGAGCCCAAGAUUACAGCCAUGGGUAAGAGUAUCUGAAAAUUAAAUGCAACACGUAACCGUCAAUAAACUGAUCGGAAUCUACGGUUUGUUUUUUUUUUUUCAAGAUAAAACUUUUUAAAAAUUUCAGGAAGCAAGCCAAACUAUUCCAUGGUUUAAAUGUAAUAAAUCUCUUAGGAAUAUUUCCUCUUAAUUCUUUAAUCGAAAAGUAUAGUUAAUUUCUAUCUCUGGAUGCGAAUAUUCCUCUAAGUUAUUUAAAAAUAACUUUUUAAGUCUAAGAUUGUAUUUUCUUACUUCUCCAGCAAGAGCCAUCGUAGUUUCCACCUAAAGAUCUAACUUGUUUUCCGCUUUUCUUCAGCAAACUGUUUCCUUUGAGGUCCUGAUUAUCCAGAUAUAAGAACAAACCCAAGUUAUGUCAUAGAAACAUCGGAAUACCUGACUAUACUCGCGAAGUUAAAAUAUUUGUUCGUAUCCUACAUUAACAAGAUUUAAGAGUAAUGACUGUAACGCUGUAAGAAGUAAGGAUGGUAAUUUCUUUCCUUACAGAACAUGUUUGUAAGUUGUCGUACGAUAUAGAGCUAAGCACUUUGUGGUUGAUGGGCUCAGAAAAGCGAUUGAAAAAAAAGAAAAGGAAAUGGAAGAGGCUCCCAAACCUCAAACCUCUUUAAAAAAAGGAAUAACAACAGCAGUUAACUUUGUACUUUAUCAGUUAAAUGUUUAUCAGUUAAAUGUACUUUAUCAGUUACUGGAAUGUUAAUGGUGUUCAUACAUAGCUGCGAUUCAAAAAUGGCGGUAGGGCUAAAUGGAGUCGAAUGUUAGUGGAAGACUCGCGUAGAUUGAAAAGAGCACCACCUAACGAUAUUGGACAUUUACACUGGAACCAUAGAUACCAUUUAAGGUGGUACUAGAACACUGCAUUUUUAAGCUUUUAUUCUCAAUAGAUUUUCUUACCUCUAACUCACAAGGCCGUGAUUUCAAAUUUCUUUUAUGCUUGGAAGUUUCAAGUCAACUUUGGCGAGGUUGACAACGAUUUUUAUAUCUUUUUGCGCUCAUUAAAUUCCAGUUAUCGUGCCAUGUAGGUUGAAACAUGCUCCUGACCACAAAAAGGAAGUUCAAUCAGUUCCAUCCUAUUUUUAACUACACUUCACUUUUUAUUUCCUUAUUGGACACGUUGGGGGGAGAUGAAGAAAUGUUCGCAAUAUACUGACCCAUUAUCCCACGAAUCAAACCAGGAAUGAACUCCUAGAAAAAUCAUAAGAAUAAUAGUCUUAUUUCAGGAAGACUGAACCAACAUGCCGUCAAAAUACCCUUGAGAAUGAGAUCAAAGAGAUAAAUGCAGUGUUUAGAGUUGAUUUUUGUCAAUAAUGAAAAGAAAAAGUAGGAAAUUUGAUGAGUGACAGGUAUCUAUAUUUGUAAGGUUCACUUCCGCAAGUUUAAAAAUGUACAAGGUUUCGCUUUGAAUCACGAAGAAAGUGAUCCUAAGAAUUCUCGCUCAAAUCGUGAUCAACUUACUGAGUAAAGGACAACGAAACUAUCAAUAGAAAACUUUCAAGAUGCUGAUGUAAAAUGUGUAUAUUUCAGUGAAUUAUGUCUUCUCUUAGCUCCUUCAUUGAUUGUUGGUAAACACGUCCUUUGUUUGUAGAACCCUCUGCGCUGUUUGCUUACUUUCUAUAAAAAAAAACUCGUGGG